CACAUGUUCUAUGUUCUUCGAAUCAUAAUAUAUAAGUUAUGUUAAAGCACCAAGUCUUGUCUACCUUGACUAUUCUAGUCAUGUCUUUAUGAAUUAUCGCUUUCUUGAUUUGGAUUCGCUUCUCCAAGUUAGACUCAAUCUCAAGUUAUGGGACCAUCACAAGCCUAUAUAUGGUGAUGUUACAAACCUAGCUGCGGGUAUAACCAACAUUACAACCCUUCACUUGUCUCCUGAUUCACUUGAGGCGUUUCAUUUCUGCUGUAAAUCUAUGCCCGUGUUCAAAAACCUCCUUAACUUAUCUAUUGAGAGCAACAAGAAGAAAGGUUGGCAAGUAAUGCCACUUUUGCUUAACAGUUGUCCAAAUCUACACACUUUAGUCUUUAAGGGUCUUGUGCACAGAGUCACAGAUAAAUGCGGAGAUGCAUGCGCUUGCACUCCUAAUAACAAACACAACAAGAAGAUGAAGAAGAAGAGUAAGGUAAUAUCUUGUUUAUGGACAUGUCAAGUGAAAGUGCUAGAGAUUGUAGAGUAUGGAGGUUCUUUUCAAGAGCUGAAACAAAUGAGACAUUUCUUGGGAAACUUGGAAUCUCUUGAAACCGUGAGAGUUGGUGGUAUUGAUGCGGACAACACCAUCUUCUUGCGGGCUAAUUUGUUAUCUCUCCCCAUAGUUUCAUCAUAUUGCAACAACAUCCACUUCAUCUGAUUCUUUUCUUUCUCUUGGUUUCUCAAUAUCUACUGUGCCUUGUUGUUUCCUUUAUUUAUUUAGAAGCUCAAAGAUAUGGGGAUAUGUUUGAGAAUAAGAGUGUAAUGAUGUUUCAUUUUAAGACAAUUUUGUUGUAUCAAAAUAGCAAUGCUUUAUACAAUUUUCCGUUAUCAACU